GUUUGACUCCCAGCGGGACUGUAGUCACAGCCCGUGAAAUGAAGGCAUUGUGGUCGCUGGUGAGUACCAAAAACCUCACCCUCCUUCGGACCUGCCUUUCUCGCUCCCUUUCACAUUCGAACCCCGUCACUAACCUACGCACCACCAUCAACGUCAAUAACAAGAAUUCUAGCAAAUUGAAUCAGAGGCUCCAAAUCCACGCGUCCUCUGCUGCGACAAUGGCGUCCUCCUUCAAUCCCGAGCAAGCCAGGGCACCUCCUGCCCUUCCGCUACCUAAUCCUCCGAUCACGAAGUUUAAAAUCGGGCUGUGCCAGUUGCUGGUGACAGCGGAUAAGGAGAGGAACAUUGAGUAUGCUCGCAAGGCAAUCGAGGAGGCUGCAGGAAAGGGGGCUCAGCUUGUUUUGUUGCCUGAAAUAUGGAACGGGCCCUACUCAAACGAUAGCUUCCCAGUUUAUGCUGAGGACAUUGAUGCUGGCGGGAAUGCAUCUCCAUCAACAGCCAUGUUGUCUGAAGUUGCCAGUUCUUUGAAGAUCACAAUUGUUGGUGGCUCUAUACCAGAACGUUGUGGGCAUCGGUUGUACAAUACUUGCUGCGUUUUUGGUCCUGAUAGAAAGUUGAAAGCAAAACACAGGAAGAUACAUCUUUUCGAUAUUGAUAUUCCUGGGAAGAUUACCUUUAUGGAAUCAAAGACUCUUACGGCAGGGGAAACUCCAACAAUCGUGGACACAGAAGUUGGAUGUAUUGGUAUAGGUAUUUGCUAUGACAUUCGGUUUCAGGAACUGGCAAUGAUAUAUGCAGCAAGAGGUGCUCACCUGCUAUGCUAUCCUGGGGCAUUCAACAUGACCACUGGGCCAUUGCAUUGGGAGUUAUUACAGAGGGCGAGGGCUGCAGAUAAUCAGUUAUAUGUGGCAACUUGUUCACCCGCUCGAGAUAUCAGUGCCGGUUAUAUAGCUUGGGGCCAUUCAAGUCUUGUUGGACCGUUCGGAGAAGUUCUCGCUACAACUGAACAUGAGCCGGAUAUUAUCAUAGCCGAGAUUGAUUAUUCGCAAUUGGAGCUUCGAAGGACUAGCCUUCCAUUAGUAAAGCAAAGACGAGGCGAUCUUUACCAGCUGGUGGAUGUCCAGAGAUUGAACCCCCUGUGAUUACUAGCUUCUGAAGCCCUGAGGGACUGCUUUAUCAAAAUCGUAUUGUUCUCUGUCUACAUAUUGCUCUGCUUGGGGAAACUACUGCAUUUGUAGUCAGAGAAUUUGAUUAUUGGAAUAAUUAACUAGAAGAUGAAACCCGUAAUUGCAGAAGCAUAGUCUGUUUUGCCGUUCAUUGAUAAAUUUUUAAUUGUGUUCUUGAUUUAAAGCCAAGUGUUUAACUAAAUCUUUUUUCUUUCAAUUGCAUGAGCAAUACAUACGGCGAGUAAUUCUGAAUAUUUGAGAUAUAGGAAGAGCAUGAUUUGCACGUGACGAACGAGGUGCCAGGUCAUGCAUUGCACGUGUGUGUACCGUCGCACAAAGAAAAUAAAGAAAGCUUAUCUUGCCAUGUCAGGGAGUGCUGAAUAAGAGAAGAAAAGGAGAAGAUGCCGAUGCCAAAUUACUUUUGUCUUUAUUGGGAUCCGCAUAACCACGAACACUCAUCUUUGAAACUCUCAUCCACGUCUGUCCACCGUCGGAUUGCUGUCGGUCUCACAUCCUACGGUUAUUAUAUAUGCAUGGAUCGCAGCAUUUUUUGAUAUUCUGGACUUGCUUACGUGGAAAAAUCUGUCAAGGCUGGCGAUGUGUAAGUCCGCCCAUGUCACGCGGUAGACUGCGGAGGAGGCAAGAUGUAUUUCUUCGUACUAGUUGUGUUCCCUAUGGAUUAGAUGGUGUUGAAAGCGGUGGAGACAAAGUAUACUUCAUAGAUAGGGGCAUAUGCCAAGAAGUGUUUGUUGAAUUCCCAUUACAGGGAAACAAUGUUACCUUUAAAUCAAGACCAUCGCCUUCAUGUAUUGUCAAUUUACACUUACUAUUAGUCUAUUACAUUGAAAUAAUUUUUCUC